UUCCUGCGAAAAAAAAAAACUCUUCAAAUCCUCUGCCUCUUCCAAAUCCAACUUAGCAUCCGCGGAUCCCGAUACUAGGGUUUCCACAAAAAUCUCCGCCCUCCCCGAUUAUAAAGGGUUUUACUUCCUACGGCUCAUUGCCUCUGAUCUUUUCUGGAGGGUUUUUGAAGGCAGUCGCUACUGUUUGCCAUACUCUUUCUCGUUGCGACCGCCUUUCCAGGAUAUAUAGAUCGGCCCUGCUUCGAGGCCCUAAAAGAUCGUUCCUUGACAUACUUCGACUCUGACUAGCUUUCCGCCGACAUGAUCUCCGCCGUGAAGCAGCCUUCGACGACGGCUUUUGUCGUCAAUGAUAUAGCGCGGACUGGAUUAUUCGCUCUGCGGAGGAAGAUAUCCUUGCCACCGCUUCCUGCUUCAACGCUUCCCUCCUUAUUGUGCUCCUCAUCGCGAUUGUCGUUGAAGCCUAUGUGUGUUUCUUCCUCGCGGCAGGUAGUGGGAUCACGUGAUGAGGAGCUUCAGUUCAGGUGCGAAGCCUACGAGGCCGACAGGUCGGAGAACGUGUCGGUGCCUGCGGAGGAACCGCAAUCCUCCACCGCCCAGAAGGUGAAGAUCGGGAUCUACUUCGCCACCUGGUGGGCACUUAACGUGGUGUUUAAUAUUUACAAUAAGAAGGUCCUGAACGCUUUCCCUUUCCCUUGGCUGACCUCGACGCUCUCGCUUGCAUGUGGAUCUCUCAUCAUGCUCCUCUCCUGGACGAUCAGGAUCGCAGAGUCACCAAAAACUGAUCUUGAUUUCUGGAAGUCCCUCUUUCCGGUCGCAGUGGCUCAUACAAUUGGACAUGUUGCAGCAACGGUUAGCAUGUCAAAGGUGGCAGUGUCAUUUACUCACAUAAUCAAGAGCGGGGAACCAGCUUUUAGUGUGUUAGUCUCAAGGUUUUUGCUUGGGGAGACAUUCCCUGUGUCAGUCUAUUGGUCGCUCUUGCCAAUUAUCGGUGGCUGUGCUUUAGCGGCAGCCACAGAGCUCAACUUCAACAUGAUUGGAUUUAUGGGUGCAAUGAUUUCCAACCUUGCAUUUGUAUUUAGGAAUAUCUUUUCCAAGAGAGGAAUGAAAGGGAAAUCAGUUAGUGGGAUGAACUACUACGCUUGCCUCUCCAUAAUGUCCCUCCUAAUACUCACACCUUUUGCCAUUGCUGUUGAGGGCCCUCAAGUGUGGGCCGCUGGUUGGGAGACAGCCAUUUCACAGAUUGGUCCCCAGUUCAUAUGGUGGGUUGCAGCUCAAAGUGUGUUCUACCACUUGUACAAUCAAGUUUCAUAUAUGUCUCUGGAUGAAAUCUCUCCACUUACAUUUAGCAUUGGCAACACUAUGAAGCGGAUAUCAGUCAUCGUCUCUUCGAUCAUAAUCUUCCACACUCCUGUCCAACCCAUCAAUGCACUUGGAGCUGCCAUUGCCAUCCUUGGAACCUUCUUGUAUUCACAGGCAAAGCAGUAAUGUGUAACGGACUGUCAACUUGUGACAAGAUCGACGCUUGAAACAUGGCUGAAGAUUCAGUUUUGGCUGGCGAAACAGCAGUGUUUGUUUGUAGAUAUAAGAUAGUUGGAACAGUAGUUGAUUAUCGAAUAAUCCUUGCUGGUUUGUCAAAUUAGCUGGCUAUGUGAUCAACUUGCAAGGACCAAGCGAAUGUUUUAAGCAGUCUAGCAAUAAGUUGCCGAGUGUUGUCUCCAGAUGAUGGGGUUAUAUAAACCUUGUUGAUUGUAUUGGUUAUGAGUUUUGGAGUGUUAGAUAUUUAUUUGCAUUUGUUUUC